CUGAAUGGAGGACCACACGGGGCAAUUCAAAGUACAAUGGAGAGGUUCACUUGGUAACCAAGCUGGGAUCCAAACCCCUGGGCGCAGUCUGUACUCACAGUGCACUGCUCCCACCCUCAACUCUUUACCCUUAAAACAAAGGCUUUUUCCCAAAGAUGAUCAUGAAGUUCUGUUCUGGUUAUAUGAUAAUUUGAUUCUAGUAAGCUGCUACGGGUAAGAAAAGUCUGGGUUUUCUUUCCCUUUAUUCUUGGUAAAGAUGAAUUGCAAAUGAACCAUCCGCAGGAGAUUUUACAGACAGGUUUGUACCAGUAUUUUCUUGGGUUAUUAUGAAGCGGUUCCUUCUACCACUGUGAUGUAUAAAACUAGCUAUGGGGGACUAAACCUUUGAACUUAAUUAACAUCAGCCAAGCAUGCUAAUAAAGCUACUUGAGGUAAAACUGGUUCACGAAAUAAUCAUAAGGAAGUACAAUAUAUAUAUUGUCCACCAAACUUCCUCCCACUACAGAAAUAGAGAAAUGAGGUUUUUUCAGAGGUAGUUGCUACAUUUACCAUAACUAUUGAAUUUCUUCAAUACUGUUUAAUUUCCUUUUUUUCCCCCCUACUAUAGUAUGUGUCAUGCAAGAAUCUAUUCACACUGACUAGACUUGAAAGAUACCGGGUGGUCAGAGAAUUUUCAGUCUGGAAUUUAGCAUCCCUGUCCUGAACAGCAGAGCCUGGGCUGGUGUAAACGACUCAUACAGACCAAGGCACUAUCCAGAAUCACCUCUUUUAUUUCCAGUGGACAACUGUGAUUAGAAAAGCACCUGUGACAAAAUUCAAGAAAAUUUGCUAUAAAUGAAUAACAACUCAACAUGUAUUCAACCAUCCAGGAUCUCUUCCAUGGCUCUACCAAUCAUUUAUACCUUCCUCUGCAUCAUUGGUCUCUUUGGAAAUUCUCUCUCUCAAUGGGUAUUCUUAACAAAAAUAGGCAAGAAGACAUCAACGCACAUCUACCUAGCACAUCUUGUGACUGCGAACUUGCUUGUGUGUAGUGCCAUGCCUUUCAUGGGUAUCUAUUUCCUGAAAGGUUUUCAAUGGGAAUAUCGAUCUGCACGAUGCACGGUGGUCAAUUUUUUGGGUACUCUAUCCAUGCACGUGAGUAUGUUUGUCAGCGUCUUAAUUUUAAGUUGGAUUGCCAUAAGCCGCUAUGCCACCUUAAUGAAAAAGGAUUCAGUCCAAGAGACCACUUCGUGCUAUGAGAGAGUAUUUUAUGGCCACUUACUGAAAAAAUUUCGCCAGCCCAACUUUGCUAGAAAACUGUGUGUUUACAUAUGGGGAGUUGUACUCGGCAUAAUUAUUCCAGUUAUCAUAUACUACUCAGUUGUAGAGGCUACAAAAGGAGAAGAGAACGUGUGCUAUAAUCGGCAGACAGAACUAGGCGCCGUGAUCUCUCAGACCGCAGGUCUCAUUGGAACCACAUUUAUUGGAUUUUCAUUUUUAGUCGUACUAACAUCAUACUACUCUUUUGUCAGCCAUCUGAGAAAAAUAAGGACCUGCACAUCCAUUACGGAGAAAGAUUUGACUUACAAUUCUGUGAAAAGGCAUCUUUUGGUCAUCCAGGUUCUGCUAAUAGUUUGCUUCCUUCCAUAUAGCAUUUUUAAGCCCAUUUUUUAUGUUCUGCACCAGAGAGGGAACUGUCAGCAACUGAAUUAUUUAAUCGAAAUAAAAAACAUCCUCACCUGUCUUGCAUCAGCCAGAAGCAGCACAGACCCCAUUAUAUUUCUUUUUUUAGAUAAAACGUUCAAAAAGACACUAUAUAAUCUCUUUACAAAAUCUGAUUCACCACAUAUACAUCCCUAUAGUUGACUUCUGACUAGAAAACACCAGCAAAUAGAAAAGUGUUUGUAUGGCGAUUUAGGGAUACUGGACUACAUGAUUAACAGGUCACAGCUUGAUUGAGAUAGCAGGCCCUAAGAAACCCUCUUUGGUUUUAGAAAUAACCAUAAAAUUCGCUUUCCAGCUCUACUAAUACUGCAAGUUGAGAUGUCAGAGACUUUCAGAGGCAAAAGUCAAGCAUAUUAAAAGGAUCUCACUGCAUAUGAAAGCAAGAGACCAUUUUCUCUUUCAACUCAACUGUGUAUGCUUUUAUUCAGAACAAAACAUUUCAUGACUGUAGGAUAAAGCAGCAAAUGGUUUAUGACUUUUCUCCUUUCUAGUAGUGGCAAUAUAAGGGCCCACCUGGGCCUAGGGUUUUGUUGGUAACUUUAAAAAUGAGUAAAAGAAAAAAAGUCAGUCAGAAAUUUCCUCACCAAAGUCCUAUCUAGAUGUAUGAAUAGUAGAGUGUAAAAAGCCAAGGCUUUAUAAAUGCCCUAUUUUGUAUUGUCUGCUCAUGUUACUGUGAGACCAAUAAUCAUUGAUUCCAGUAUUUAUUAAGCCAGUGUUUUUAUAUAUUUGGGUUAGGCUUGGUCGAAAUAAAAGGCUAAUACAAUGUCAUUAUAUGCCAAUUUUCAUCACAUCUUGUAAAUUUUCCUCUGUAUUCAAUAUAAAUAAUGUGAUUAAUGACAAAUAGUACCUGGCAAGUAGAUAUGCUCAAUCAAUUUUUAUGAAAAUUAAUGAAUGAGUGAUAAGGGCAGUAUAACAGUAUUGUUGUUGAGAGACUGGUCUCUGGAGUUAGAGUCCCUGGGUUUGAUCCUAGCUGAACCUCUUCUCUUACUUAGGCAGACAAUCCUCAGCAACUUACUUACCCUCUUAAAGUGUUAAGUUCUUCAUUUGUAGAAUGGAGAAAUACUACGUAAUUCAUAGGUACUAUUAUUAAAUCAGUUGAUGUUACUAUUACAAGUAGCUGUCAUUUACUAAGCAUUUGCUAUGGGCCAGGCACUCUGCCUCUAUGCUUUGCAUGUAUUUUAGUCAUCACCACCAUAAAGGAUGCCAAUUUGCUGAUGAAAAAACUGAAAUACAUAGAUAAGUCACCCCAAUUUUCUCCAAUGUCUAAAUAAAUACUUAAACUGUAAGCAUUUCUUGGUCAUUUCUUUCUUCCGUGUAAUCUUGUCAGGAAGAUAAGUGAUGGUGACUAUAUCCUGUGCUAUGUAAUGAAAAAACAAUGUUUUUAAUGUGUCUUAUUUUCCCCCAAAGAUUGUACGUGCCUUUCGAGCUGUAGUCUGCUUUCUCUUUCUACUCCCACGGUACUUGCAUUGUCUGUUCACAUAAAAACCAGACAAAAAGUUAAAUGAAACUGAAGUUGAAUAAAUGUUCAUGGUAACCUGUUACUUUGUUAGAGACUGCUUAAAGACCCAUUUAUUCUCUACCCAGUGAUUUCUUCAGUGCUCAAAAAGAAGUUUAAAGUAAGUUCACGUAGCACUUCUAAGCCUUUAAUCUCAUAGCAUGUUUUUUGUUCCUGAAUUACAAAUGUGAAACAGUACGCUGUACAGAUUCCCCAAGAGCCAUGUGUUCAAAGUCACUAGAGGUUUUUCUAACACAUCUGCAAAAUUUUCAUUAAAAAAGAAUCAAAAACAAACAGUAAAUAUUUCCCCUCUUUUUUAGUUCAAUGCUUAACUGAGAGAAGAACAUGUCCAGAAAAAAGUCUGAAGUAAAUGCAUGCUGGCUUCAAAUAUUUUUAGUGUACAUCUA